UUUAACAAGAGGGUGUGGCCCGCAGCUAUUUGUGCCUUCUGUUCUUUUAUCUGGUGAGCAAACCACCUGCUGCUUGGAAGUGAACAGGUAGAACUUUGCCUUCUGCUGUGGCUGGCAACGGGAAGCAGGUUCCUGGUACAGGUUUCUGGGAGUUGACCUGAAUGGCAAAUUUUAAGGGCCACGCUCUUCCUGGCUCUUUCUUCUUUCUCUUUGGCUAUUGGUGGUCCGUGAAAUACUCACUGAAAUACCACAACAGGAGACUGAACAAAAAUGGACAUGGAAACAGUUGCUUCAAUCACCUGGAAGUCAUUGAAGGGGCUGUCAAAAUAAUUUGUGCAGUAAUCGGGAUGCUGGCUGAACAGUUUGUUCCAGAUGGUCCUCACUUGCAUCUCUAUGGCGGGAACCCUAAAACCUGGGUGAAGCUGAUGAACUGGCAACACACAACCAUGUACCUGUUCUUUGGCAUCUCAGGAUUAGUGGACAUAUUCACCUAUACUUCAGCCAAAGUGCCCAUAGGACUGGAUCGCCUGAUGUUUUCUGUCGCAGUAUUUGUUGAAGGCUUCCUCUUCUACUUCCACGUCAUGCACCGGCCGCUGAUGGAUCAACACAUCCAUUCUUUGCUGCUCAUCACCACCUUUGGUGGGGCCGCCAGCCUCCUGCUGGAAGUCUUCUUGCGAGAUAACAUCGUCCUGGAACUUUUUCGCUCCAGCCUGGCCCUCCUGCAAGGAACCUGGUUUUAUCAGAUAGGUUUUGUGCUCUACCCACCAUGGGGAGGCCCAGGUUGGGAUGUCAAUGAUCCUACCAAUGUGAUGUUCAUCACCAUGUGCUUCUGCUGGCACUAUGCCCUUGCGUUCCUCAUUCUGGCUGUGAACUACACUCUGGUCUCCUGUUGCAUCCAGAAGCACUCUUUGACAAACAGCGGAGAAUCAGAAAUCAAGCUUCAUUUGAGGAAUAAGCGGGGUGAAAAGGACGUUCGUGCUGCCCUCUUAAAUGGAUCUGAUGAAGAGUGAGUCAAGAACAUCGCCUUUGUGGAUCUCUUCCAGAAACAUCAAACCUUCUUGAAACUCCAAAGAUAUAAAACUGUAACAAGAAGAAUCAAAAAAAGAGAUCCCAAAAGGUCUUCUGCUGUUCCAGAGAGAUGAAGCCAGCAGUUCCCAAAUUAUCUUAAAUCCACUUAUCUUGAAGUUUAUAUAUUGGAGUUCUUGUAUUUUUAUAUAAAGGCAAAUCAGGCACUGCAGAUACUGUCUAGAUCAAGGGUGUCAAACAUAAGAUCCACAGGCUGGAACCAGCCCAUCCAGGGCUCUUAUCUGUCCCAUGAGCAACUGGUCAUUAUCUUUAUUGACAGUUGAGAAAGGCGGGGCUUUAUGUACCUGGAUACUGUCCCAGUAUUAAUGAGUAAUGGACGGGGAAAGUGGGCACCAGGAAGAUGUUGUAAGAGAUGCAAGAAAAUACUGUAUGAGUGUUUUCAGCCUGUUUGUAUUUUGAGUUUAAAAAAAUAGUCUCAUUAAUUGAUUUUGCCUGUGUCCUUGAUAAAGUGUAUAUCUUUCAUACUUGGCAGUGCAUUUUAUGGCACACAUGGCCAGUCUGACAAAGUUACAUUUAUGUCAGAGUUACAUUUAUGACAAAGUUACAUUUAUGUCAGAUCCAACUCUUGUAACAAAUGGGUUUGACACCUUUGGUCUAGAAUUGUCUAAUGAUGCUAGUUUAGGGAAAGAACGGUUUGCAGCAACAUUGUUGAGAUUUGUCAGGAAUGUAGUGGCAUACUAUUAUGGACUUCCCAAUUGCAUGACUGAUAGGAGAUAUAGUUAAAAAAAUAACCUGAGAGUGCAAUUAGUGCAGAUUUACAGAAGUCAUAAAAGUGCAUGCACCAUGUACUUGGGACUUAUUGUUCCACAUGUACAUACAUCAGUAAGCAUCAUUUGUCACACUGUGUGAACAGAUCUUUUACAGUACAAGUUUAAGCAUAUUAUGGGAGUUCCAGAAAACCACAGGGUAGACCGUGGGUGUCGAACUCAUUUGUUAUGAAGGCCAGAUCUGACAAGGUCUUAUUUAUUUGUUGGGCCAGGCCACAUCGGGUUGGGCCAAGUCAUGUUGGGCCGGGCCAUAUGUGUACCUAUUUAACAUUAGGUAGCAGAGAUAUAAAUUUUAUACAGAACACAGACAAACACAAAUAUAUAUAUUUUUAAAAACUUAAAACAUGCUUAAAAUGUUAGCACUCAUUGGUCUUAAAGAUACUUUCUUUGUAUUUCUCCCAGCAAACUGGGCAAAGAAAGCUCUGGCUCUUUCUUUCCUUCCCCAGGGAACUGCAGGGGGGGAGCCUCAGCCAAUAGAAGGAAGAGAGGCUUGGCUCAGUAGCUCUGCUAUGCAAUUGAGAGAGCCUGGCAAAGUCAGCUAUUCCUCCCCCCUUCCUCCCCAAGGGAGGAACCUCAGCCAAUGGAGAAAACACAGGUUUUGCUCUGUAGCUCCUGUGCAGUUGAGCAAGCCUUGCAAAGCAAGCUGUUAUGCAGAAGGAAGUAAGAUAUAGGGAGAUGAAAGCUGAUGACAGAAAGAAAGCACAAGGGCCUGAUAAGAGCCCUCCAGGGGCCUGCUUUGGCCCUUGAACUGCAUGUUUGACACCCCUGGGGUAGACAGCUGGUGUUGGAAGCUAAUGCUGAUAUGCUGAUUAUUCAAGAUGCAUUUUAAUUAUCUAAUGGUUUUUAUUGUGUGGUUUUAUGAUGGCCUCUGCCUUGAGCCUGCUUAUGGGGAGGGCAGGAUAGAAAUGGAAUAAGAUAAAUUAAAAAAAUAAAUUAAGAUUCAGGUCAGAUUCACUUAGCCUUGAAUACUUCGGUCUACCUCACAGAAUUAUUUAUUAUUAUAGGAUAACCCUAUUGAUGCCCUUUUGUGGUGCUUGGAGGAAAGGCAGGAUUAUUAUUAUGAACAAUAAACCCGAUCUGUGUUCAUCACUGAGUUUAC